GUCGAGACCGAUAUAAUGUGGAGUUUAUAAAUUUGGUAGAUUUCCGGUUAAAAAAAUAUAAUACAAUUUCUCAUUUUUGACAAUGUGUAGAAAAUCGACAAAAAUGUGAAUGUAUACACAGUAAAGAGAAGCUGCAUGAUCUACAAUGAGUUUUGAUAAUCAAGAAACAGAUAAAGGUUAUACAGGAGAUGAUGACCAUGAUAAACAGAACAGAAGAAAGAAUUUGUUGGGGAAGAAAACUGAUGGAAAGAAAGGACAGAAAGAUAAAGGAUAUGUCAUGUUUGAUGAGGAUGAUUCUGACGAGUCAUUAGUUACGUCAGAGGAUGUAAAGAGUCCAUCAAAGUUAAAGAAACCAAAAGGAUUCAAGUUUUCUACAAAGAAGAAGGACAAAGACAAGGAUGAAAAGAAAGAGGUGAAAAAAGAAGAAAAAGAAAAGAAGAAAGAAGGGAAAGAGCACAAAAAACAUAAGAAAGAUAAAAAGAAGAACAAACCUGAGGAACAAGUAACAGAUACAUCUAAAGAACCUGAGAAAGCCAUAUUUGGAGUACAACUAACCCUGGCCGUGGAGAGAAAUAGAUGCUAUGAUGGAGUAGAACUCCCAGCUAUGUUCAGGGAAUGUAUAGACUAUAUUGAGGAACAUGGGUUAUCUUGUGAAGGGAUCUACAGAAUCUCUGGUGUGAAGUCCAAGAUCCAGCUAUUAAAGGACUGUUAUAACAAGGGUCUGCCUGUGUUUCUUGAGGAACAUGAACCUAACAUUGUGGCCAGUCUCCUGAAACAGUUCCUUAGGGAGUUACCAGAACCUGUCCUGACAGCAUGGCUGAUGCCAAAGUUUGAGGAAGCUUCAGUUCUGAAAAGUGAAAAGAGCAAAGUUGAGAGGUUCCAUAAACUGAUUCAUGAUUUACCCAAACCUAACAGAAUGCUGUUAUCUUGGAUGAUAGUGCAUAUGACACAUGUCAUUGAAAGGCAAAAAGAGAAUAAGAUGAGUUUACAGAACGUGUCCAUUGUACUGAGUCCUACCAUGCAGAUUAGUCACAGGGUGUUAAAUGUUCUCUUCUCUCAUGCUAAACAACUGUUUAAACAUACAGAACUCAAAAAGUACAAGCCACCCAUCAAACCAGCUCAUUCCAAGUGGUCACUAGAGCUACCGGACAGUCCUGCACAGUUGGAGGAGGAGCUACUAAAACAGGAAUCGUUACUGAACAGUUUACAUGACCAGCUAAGGACUGGAAUAUCUGACCAAGACAAAGAGGAACAGUUAUGGGAAGUACAGAGAGUGGUCACUCAGCUAAAAAGAAAGAUAAAAAUGGCCAGAAAAGGAGGUGAUAUAAAGGAGAAAAGAAAAUCUGAGGAUGUUAAAAAAUCUAAAACAUCACAAGAUGAGGAACUUAAAUUAGAAUUGAAGGAAAUUCCACAUAAAAAACAAGCACCUCAGCCUCCAUCUGAAACAGCCAAUGAUCAUCAAAAAGACAAAGCUGUAGAUCAGAAUGAGGCAAGUCAGAAAAAUGAUGAGAAAAUGGAAGAGACUAUUAAACGUAAAGGUGAUGCAGCCCCAUCACAAGUUACAGUUGCUGUUAUUGAGCUAAACAAAAAUGAAGAAAAUGUUGAGUCUGAGAAAGUGGAAGAAUCUCUUGUCGUAGAUGAAAACAUAAAAGAUCAGCAAAAAGUUGAAGAAAAAACUGAAGAAAUGACUGUAAGUGAAGAAAAAUUUGAAGAAAAAUCGUCGGAGAUGACUGUUAUUGAGGAAAAAGAUGAAGAAGAAGAAAAUGAAGAUAUGUUUGAAAACCAGACUGAAGAUAAAAAGACAGAAGCAGACAAGGUAGACAUUGUUAGUGAAAUAAAAGAACAAAUUGAAGGGACAGAACAGUUACCAGGAGAUGUAAAUGAAGAGAAACAAAGAUCUGCUGAAAGUUCAGAUGAUGAAUUUGAGCAACAGGUAGAAGAUAUCUUAGAGCAACAAAAAGAUAUACAGGCUAGAGAGUUCAGCGAAGAAAGUGACACAGGAACUAUAGAGGAAGAUGAAGAUGUAAAGGAGAUAAGCCAGGAACCAUCAACAGAAUCUACAGUUGAUGCAGAUGCCACAGAUUCUAAUGAGAAAGUUCAAGAUUUUAAGGAGGAAGUUCAGGAUUUAAAAGAUGAAGUUCAGGAUGAUGUUGAAUCACAUCUCCCACAACAGUCCCUUACUGAACAAGUCACUACUGCUGAACAAGAUGUGGCCGAGUUUAUAAAUGUUCAGGAGUCUGACAGUGUCUUUUUGGAGGAUGAUGAAGAAUUGAUUGAGCUACAAGAAGAAGAACACAGAGUAAAGUUAGAAGAGGAAGAACUCAUUGCUAUUGAGGGAGAACUCAAAACUAAGAUAGAGACAGAGAAAAAUGAGAUAGAUAGAUUACAACAGGAGAUUACUGAGUUACAAUAUCUACGUCAGGACUCAGACCUGGAGGAGUACAGCUCUACCUCAGACUCCAGCUCUGAUGAGGAUGAGGAUGAGGAAGAUCUACAAGAAAUACUCAAUGAUCUGUUAGAGGACAAUGAAUCACUUGAGAAAAAGAAUGCUGAUUUGUGCAAUAAAAUCCAUGAAGAAAGGAUGAUUUGUUUAGCAGUCAAAGUUGAAAUUAGAAUGUUACAACAAAAACAAUUAGAAAGUUCAGGAGAUUUAGAGAAAGACUUAUUAUGGUGAUUUUGCUGAAUCAGAUAAAGGAUAUAUAUAUCAUGUAUAUAUGUCACUGAUAGAGAAAAGAAAAACAUUGGAAAAGUGCUCCAUGUAUUCUACAAGAGGCAUUAGUAGUAAAAAUUGUAGAAUUAAUAUCAUUAUUUAUUAUUGUGACUCUUGAAUACCAUUUAAGAAAAAAUCAUUAGGUAGUGUGGUAUAUAUCUACACACAGUUAUUAUCAUCAUUAUCCAUCAACAACAUGCCUGCCAGGCAGUAGGCUUGUAAAUAUGCUGUCAAGCACACACACAAUUUGGAAUUUCAUAAGCACACGAAGUGUGCGAAAUGGAAUUCUAAUUUUAUGAAUAACCGAAACAAGAUAUGAAAGUGUUAUCUCUACUCAACAGGCCAAUAGAAUGUAAUUACAGUUCCAAUUCACUGUGAAGAUUUAAAAGUUUAUUGUGAAGACUGAUUAAUCUGUGGUUUUAUAGUGGUCAGAAGAUAAGUAGAGUUUUAGCUUACAUUCUUUUUUCAUUGAUUUCAAAAACAGGUUAUACUUUAUAAAUACAAAUUCAUCUGUCAUCUCUUGUGUUUGGUAGUUAGUAGGCAAACUCAUUAAAAUGUGAUCAAUAUUUAAAUAUAUCCAUUUUUUUUUGUAAAUAAUAAAAUCAAUGCAGGUUAAUUGAUAUAAGAAGAUGUGGUAGGAGUGCCAAUGAGACAACUCUCAAUCCAGGUCACAAUUUAUAAAAGUAAACCAUUAUAGGUCAAGGUAUCGUCUUCAACAGAAAGCAUAGGAUCACAUUGAAAAAUAAGCUAUAAAGGGCCCCAAAAAUUACACCACUAGUGUAAAAUUAAACCAUUAAAACGGGAAAACCAACUUUCUUCAAUAUAUAAAAAGCUUUUUGAAAGAAUAGAUUGCUUUAUAUGAAAUGCAUUUAAAAAUGAACAUAUGUGUUUCUACAUUUACCAUGUUUACAGCAUCAUGUUAAUUGAGACAAUGAUUUGACCUUUAAAAACUGUGGUGAAAAUAAAGUGCAUGAGGCAAUCUAUAGACAAACCAUGAGACUUAGAAAUACUAAGGAUUUUCUACCUCAGGAAUAGCUUACCUUAGCUGUAUUUGGCAAAAAUUUUAGAAAUUUUAGUCCUCAAUGCUCUUCAACUUCAUACUUUAUGUGGCCUUUUUUUAACUUUUUUGGAUUCCAGCGUCACUGAUGAGUCUUUUGUAGACGAAACAAGUGUCUGCGAAUAUACUAAAUUUAGUCCUGAUAUCUAUGAUGAGUUUAUUUAUAAUUGGUGUAUCAGUGUUUAUAGUAUUACUUGUUGUUGUUAAUGUCCUUAACAAUUGGAAAAAAAUGUUAUUUAUUUUUAAACUUUUUUUUUGCAAGUUCAAUAUAGUAAUGAAUAAAUAUUUGAAAUUGAUGUCUUCAUAUUUACAUUAUGUAAUUAUCAUUUUAAUAGUGCUAUUAUAUGUAUUAUCAUAUACAUCAUUUCAAGUUACGAUUUAGGUUGAAGCUUUACUAUCUUAAGUAAAUAUUUUGAUAGAUGAGCAGGAUCAUGGAAAUAUGUAUUGAUUAGAGAAAAGUGGGAUAAAGGUGAGGGAACCAUGAUUUAGUGGAGAGAUGAAAUACCAAAAACAGCAGGAAAGGGAGGGGUUAAACUUUCUUUUAAAUCUCACUUGCCUACAAUUAAGUGUAAAAGAAAAAAAACUCAUCUAUGGUUUAAUAGAAAAAUGACCAAACAGUGUAGUUAAGGUGGUACCCAACACUUUCACUAAAAUUAAUUUGGCUCGUUUAAUUUUCAUAUAUUUUCUCAAAGAAUUUACUUUGACUCUUUAACAAAAAUAUAAAAAUUUCAAAAAUUUUGAACCAACUGUUUUCUCAGAAAAUCUACACUGGUUAUAUAGCAGUUUGACAAACACCAAUUUUGAUCAUUAUGAAGCUUACUAUUCCUUUUUCAACACAAUGUAAAUAAAAUGUUUAGCUGACUUUAUAGAGUUAUCUCCCUGAAGGGUUAGGUACCACCUUUAGCGGAAAUAUUAGUGAAUAAAUUAGGUUUAAAUGUUUAACUUGUUCAACUAUUGUAAGUGUUUAUCUCAACCACAUAUCUCAACCACAUAAAUGCUACUAGCAUUUGGUAUUGUGUGUGCAAUAUUUUGUAUUGUUUACUGUAUAUUACUAGUAUUCAAAUUGUAUGGUGCAAAUAAAAAUAAUACUAAGGCA